AUGACGAUUCAGGGCAAACAACAGGACAGAACAGUUGCUGAUGCUGGCGGUAAUCAUACACUUCCCGAAUCUUCCAUCGUCCUUAAUGACCAUGCUAAGGACGAUGGCAGCAUUGUUAGCUACCAGUGGACACAAGUCUCAGGUCCUGCAAAUGCUUUGUUGGUGAAUGCCGACAAAGCCAAAGCAACAGCAUCGGGGCUGAUAGAGGGUCAUUACGUGUUUAUGCCGUUGUGGAAGACGAUGGAAAUAAAAAUGAACCCCCAGUUGCGCGAGCCUUCAAUGCCACUGAUCCUCAUUGUGGGAGUGGCGUUUGCUGCUGAUUGGAAAGUGGCUAAUGUCGAGAGGACUAUCGAUCUGUCAUCUCAGUCAACACUUGUUCGCUCAUCGUGUAGGUCAUCUAGGGAACCCUUCUCUCGCAUUGAUCAUCAACUGGAUCGUAGGGGGCGUCGACAACCGGCUCUUCUGCAUUUCACGACGAUUUUACCAGCGUCGGCCAAGGAUAUAUACUAUAGAGAUGAGAUUGGAAACAUAUCAACAUCAGCUGUGCGACUUCGCGCUGAUUCUGUUGAUGUCGAACUGAAACCGAGUUACAUAUUCCCGCUUUUUGGAGGAUGGCGCACUUCCUACGUUAUCGGUUAUAAUGUGCCUUCUUUCGAAUAUCUUUACAAUAAGGGCAAUAAUUAUGCGCUAAAAAUGAGAGUUCUCGACCAUAUUUUUGACAAUGCUGUGGUUGAAAAGCUUACGACGAAGAUCAUCCUGCCAGAAAUGAUAAGAAAAGCGAGGCUUAUCACACCAUACAGCAUGGAUAGAAGACCCGAUGAAGUCCGCGCUACAUACUUGGACACAACUGGCAGAACAGUUAUAGUGUUGCAGAAAGAAAACCUUGUUCCAGAGCAUAUCCAGUCUUUCACUCUGUUUUACGAUUGA